AUCAAUGUAGCCCCUUCUCACGGGUCGAUGCCAAACACACUGUGCUCUACAUGUGUGUAUUACUAUCCUUUUAUACGGCAGGGGGGGCGCAUUUGUUGACAACGUGUUAUAGGUGUGGAAUGUUUCGUUUCAUAUGCGUAAACUUUUUAAAUUUUAGUUUAAUAAAGUGGCAGACGACAGCACAAUUCGGGUUUAAAUAAUAUUUCUUCAGCCACCAAGGACUAUCUUGCAUGUGAAGUUUGUGAAGUUUUAAAAUUAGUUCUAAAAUAAGUAACACGCCCAAAAGGAUAUCCGUUUUUAGAUGGUGAAAAUGUUCAUCAACUGGUUGAUAGUGUCUGCAUGUUGCCUUACUUAUGUUGCUGCUUAUAUCACGCGAGAGGCCUUCGUCAUUAUCGUCCCCAACAAGCAGAAGUCUUGCUUCUCAAAGUCGUUUAGCAAAAGCAUCAAGGUCAUCUUCGAGUUUCGAGUCACAGAGGGCGGGAACCAGGACAUUGAUGCUAGAAUUGUCUCCCCCAAUGGCCUGGUCAUCUUCAAGGAUCUCAAGAGUAAAGGAAACGAAGUUUCGUUUAAUGCUCAAAAUGGCGACUUCAAAUUCUGCUUUAGCAAUGAGUUCUCUCAGGUCACAAGCAAACGUGUGGCCUUUAACAUACGACCUUACGAUGAAGCUUCGCUCAGCGAGGAAUCAGGGGGGAACAAGUUCCCUAAGGCCAAAAGCGCACUGGAGGCCUUCUGCGACAACAUCCACUUCCUGAUGACCACAGUGAUGGACUUUCAAAUGAAGUACAUGGUCAGGGAGUCUAUGGGCCGUUAUGUGGCGGAGAACCUGAACCGCAGGGUGAUGUGGUGGUCAAUGGGCCUGUCUGCGGUUAUCGUGGUGACGGGCUUUGGCCAGGUGUUUGUUUUCAAAAAAUUUUUCACUGAGAGAAGAUCCUCAACAAAACCUCAAGCUUUAACCACCUAGACCUUGACCUAGAUCUGAUCAACAUUCUGUUCUGUUUUUUUUUUGUUUUUUUUUUUUUAUAACAUCCUCAUUAUAUAAUAAUUUCUCAUCUAAUUGUAUGUGUAUACAAUGUAACAUAGAUGACCGUAAACAAGGGAGUUAAUAAGUACUAAGAGCAGUAAGUAAGAACAAUAUAUAUAUAUAUAUACAUAU